GGUUGCAGUCCUGGACACACGUCCAAAAUUCGGAGCACAAUGGAAUCGUGGGUGCAUGUUUCGACCGGCAAACUGACAAAAGUCGCCGGCAACCUGCAUCGCUUCCGUUGCGUGGAAACGAAGUACACUCGUGACUGAAUCGAUAAUGCUCUAGUAGACGAAGGGCUCGUGAGUGUGCUCCAAGGAAAGUGCGUGGCAACAGCACGAGGGUAUAAACAGGAAGGAGGGAGGCGUCACAACAACCAGCGUCGGAGAAAUGGCGGUGAGCAUGACCAGCAUGAACUUGGUGACUCUGAUCCUCGGUGCAGUUUUGCUUGCGGCAGGCGCAGCAAGCGCUGUCGGAAGUGACUUCCGCCCCUGCGAUUCGAAGAAUUAUCCGGUCACUAUCAAGGAUGUCGUGAUUGAUCCUGAGCCCGUCGUGAGCGGAGAUCUUGUUACCUUCACCAUUCCUGCAUACGCAAGUGAGGAGCUUAAAGGAGGAACGGUGGUAGUGACUGUAUCUCUUUACGGUUUUAAGGUGCAUACAGAGAGAGAUGAUCUCUGUGGGAAGACAGAAUGCCCUAUUAAGGGAGACUUCUCUUUAAGUAGUUCUCAAGCGCUACCAGUAUUCACCCCGCCGGGUCAGUACAAGCUCAAAUUCCAAGUGUUGGACUUAAAUGGUAAAGAACAGGCCUGUGCAUCUGUCGGCUUUGCCAUCGUGUGGAAGUCGUCUCGUGAUGCAACUGUGGCGGAUAUGAUCGAGGAGCAUCCUUCGGUUGCGUCUGCUUAGGUCGGCAUCCUGUUAGAUUCUCAAAAUAUAUAUUUAUGCCACAUUUUUACGAGAAAUCUACGGAUAUGUACAAAACAGUUGGGCACACUAAGGAUUGUAAACCGUCAUAUGUUCAUUCGUAGUACAUAAAGCCAUCAGUCAGCCUUGUGCAAUUUGUAGUCACUAGCGCAGAGAGAGAGUUUUUAGUCUCGAUGUCAUUUUCAUUGUGCAUCUUUUCUCUCAGUUACAGUACGCCAACGAUUUGGCUGGAAAUUAACCCUGUAUCUUGAGUAGGUAUUUUGAGAAGUCAGUUAAUCAUCUGGGCCAUCGCUUUUCUAUAUUGAUACAUAAUGAUGAUAUUUUCUCAAAUCAAUGAUGUACCUACUGGACUUAUAGCUUGCUUCUAUACGUAAAUGAUCAGCUUCUUGAAGACGGUUGCACGGAUUGCUUGAUCUGUACACCGUUAUGAUAUUACUCUCGGGCCUUGAUAAGUUUACUUCCGUCUUGUGCAAAUACUUUGACAAGGUGCAUGGAUACGGUAUUCUUCCGAAAAG